CGGCUUCGACGUGGACGCCGUGGUUGGGAAACAAUGUCAAACCGAGGGCGCUAAAUGGAAACAUUAUCAUCUGAGGAGCGUCGUAUUUUGAAUAUAUCCUGGGCUUUGAAUGCACGAAUUCGCCGAGCAGACGAAGGACUUAGAGAAGCCGUCCAGUGUCUGCGGCAACUAAAGCGCGUUAUCCGGGACUACCAGUCUUCUGUGUACUUUAAUGGUGACUGUUGGAACCAAACUUCUUUUCACAACAUCACAACCCUCGAUAGCGGAAUCUUUUCAGCUGAAUGCACCAAACAUCUGCAAAGUACCCACCAAGGCAAGGAAAAGUGCAUGAAACCGAGCGCUUACUCGUUAGAUGUGAACCCAAGUUGGAGAACGCUGGAUCCUGCAAACAGCACCCUCCCCGGGACAUUUAACAGUAAUGUUUUUUCUCAUCCAUCUACAAACGACGAAGACCCCACUUCUACUACAAAGCAAGCUGAAAUAUUGUUUCGACAGUGUGUGAAAUCUGGCGACGCAACGCUGCUGUCAACUAGAUCGGAUACUAAACGAAACAUCGGCGGUCAUAAAAGCCUGAGGCCAUUCCCAGAAAGCUCAUUCGGUGAAGAUAUACCUUUAACUAGGUCUUCGCUGCCCAUUUUAACGACGCCUCAGGUGGAGAUGACGCUAAACUCCGAAACUGAGGGACAAAAUAUCCAGACAAGAAAACAGCCUACCGCGUCCUUGCUGAAAUGUUCACCGGGCGCCGGCAUGUAUUUGGGAGAUUGCGGAGUUGCUGCUGGAAAUUACAACUCAAUGCCCGCUCCAUCUAAGCAGGCUACUCCGUACCCAGCCUCUCUACAGAACAUGAACAUACAAUAUUCCAUUUUUGAGACUGCUAGCACUUCAACUCCCACAUAUCACAUGUCCAAGGCAGUAAUAUCGCACUCCGAUCACCAGAAGUCUGUUCAAUGUAAGGUGGUCGAGAGCAGGCUCCAUACAGCUUUUGCCGGAACUGCCAGAGUCUUCAGAUAUAAUAGUGACGCAAAGAAAGAAAAUAACGAGGAUACGACGCUUACUAAAGAAGCCAGUGGGGUUGUUUCUCGCAAAUGGCUUGAGCAGCUUGUUGUAAGACUUCAGCACUUACUGGACAGCACGCAUCCAUCAUGUACCACACCUAAUGAUGACCGGAUUUCAAAGCAUACGCACAUAUGUCCUAAUCCGAAUUCUGAAUCACCCUCACGGCCUUUUGUCGAAGCUGAACAACCCAAAGUACGUGUAUCUGAACCUUGUGAAAGGACCAAAGCGUCCAUUCCACCCGCGUGGAUGUUUUCCGACAACAAACCGACGUUUCAUCGUGCUGAGAGACCCACAUCACCCGACUUUGUAGCAUAUGUUCCAGUGGAUCAGUUCUGUCUUUGUGAAGAAGUCAAUGCAUCGACUCGACCUAACCACGUGAGCAGCGUUAGGAAGUUUUCAUCAAAAGAAUAUCGAAAACCACCCGCAAAACGUCCACCUCCACGACCUAAGUCAAACCGAUCCACCCACUGGCACGGCAUCCAAGUUACAACCACUAUCCGCCCGUUUCUUGGAGUUGACCGAUGCAGUCCACGUAUACGUAUUACGAACGCAUCUGAAUCAUUAAAUGAUGUUAAUGACAAGCCUAACAGAACGACAGUUCGGUCGAACGAGAACAACCGAGUUCGUGUUAAAAGGAUACCCUGGCGUUGAUAAGUUUUUCGCAUUUGUUUCCUCAGCUUCGACUUCUUCUGCCUCCUGUUUGACAUGAAAGUCCCAGUGAUUCCCUCAUUUUCUUAUUUGAGAGUUCUCUAAGUCUGGAUUGUUUUUUAUUAACUUCGCAUUCUUGAGUAUGCCUCUAAUUCCACUAUUGUUUUUUGAAGACCUUUGUGCACCCAAAGGUAACUUUGGC